CAAUAUGUCAAAUCCAUUUCAAGACAAACAAGGAAGACAUUUGGCUGAUUCGAUCAUUCUUAUGGAAUUUGUGCAAUUUCGUUGAGUUUUAUCGCAAAAACAGUGCCAAAAUUAUGACUUUCCUUUCAAAAGCAUGUUUCUAAAUGUCACGGACUUGAUAAACCUCAAUAAAAACGAGGAGUUCAAAGAAAUUGAUAAUAGGAAGCGCCUGCAAAUUGGUUUCAGCUUUAUUUUGUGCUCGGAAAUUGGAGACAAAGGCGAUACGAAAUCGAAACCAUCAGCACCAAUAACGGAAAUUGGAUGGACAAUCUUGAAAACUACCACCCCAGAUACGAUUAAGGAAUUCGUCAGCUGUAGCUUGCUCCAAGACUUACUUUUAAAACGCAAUCUCCCUUCCACGGUAAAGAAUAUCGAAGCUAUUCCUCAAUUGGUUCGCUGGAUUAUAGAGCGAGGUCAAGUAGAAGAACAUAGGAUGGCAGUCAAGCAGCAUCUAACGGAAGUGUCAUCAAGCCAGCCGGUGCACGAUAUAUCUAAAAUUAUAGAAUUAAUAGAAACCAUUCUCGAUAAUCCAACAAUGCUUGCUUCGGAUUCGACCAAGUUGACGACAUUUUGCCAGACCAUUGUCGAAAAUUUGGCACAUACACCUUCUAGAAGCGACGCAAACGAAGUAAAACUCAUGAAAACAGAAAUUGAGAAAAUUAAUCAAUUUUUCCAUGAGUUGGCUAAGCAAGUUCCGGAACAAUACAAUGAAAUUUUAUUCGAUUGCAUGAAGGUGUUGUAUAAACACAUCACAAGCGAUGAAAAAACUUCCCCUUGCGUUUCGGUCGUGCUAGCACUGGCCGACAAAGAUAUGAUAAAACCAGGUGUACAGAUGAUACUUGAUUCUUCAAAAAGUGACACUGUGUUGAGAAGAAUCUUCAAAACUCUUACUUUUUGGCUGGAAACUAAUGACUACGCACCGUUUCUUAAUAUUUGGAUUAUGGAAAUAAUUUGCGGUUUACGGGAUAGACAAAAACAAAAACUGCUUCUGGAUUUAUCAACGGAAAUAAUUGAUUCAUACAUAAAGAAAACUGCUAUUCCAUUGUAUCAAGUUAAAUUGGGCCCAGUAAUUUUGUGUAUGCUCCGAUACAGUCCAUCACUUCUGGCUCACGUGGCUGAUCGAAUUCCCAAGCUUUUGAUCGAUUACGAAAAAGCUUCAUUAGCUCGUCCUGAAACACUUGAAAUAUUUAAAGGAUUUAUUGACACUAUUUCCGCUUUGUUAUUGCACUAUCCAGUGUAUUCGAACAAACAUUUGGAGGAAUGCCUCCAACGAUAUAGUCCUUCAGCAAAUUUCCAGCAAACGCUAGUGGACUUAUCUUUGCAGGAUUCGAUGCAAACUCUAACGCAUACUGCGUCAAACACGUCUACAAAUGCACGUGUAGGACUCGUGAAUUUAGGCAACACCUGUUAUAUGAACAGCGUACUGCAGGCCUUAGUUAUGACUAAACAAUUUAGUCGUGAGAUCCUAAUGUCUAAAAUUGACGCACCACUUUUUUUCCAAAUACAAAAGCUUUUGGCACUUCUUCUUCAUUCUGAUCGACCUGAAUUAACGCCGCGGGCUUUGCUAGCUGCUGCUAGACCACCGGAUUUUGUACCAGGUUACCAGCAAGACUCGUCAGAGUUUUUGGGAUAUCUAUUGGAAAAACUUCAUGAGCAAGAAGCCAAUAAAAUGAAGGAAAAAAAUCUCACCAACGCAAAUGUCCAAUGUGAUGGGAUUACAAUGAUGCAGAGCACACCUUUUCCUGGCGACGAUUUGCCUCAACAGAACAUCUGUAAGAAACAAGAACAACUUAAAGACUCACUACUUCCACCGACAUUAAUUCAAAAAACAUUCGACGGUAAAUUAAAAGUUACGUAUCAGUGCAAACAGUGUGGCUCCCAAAGCACAAAUCUUGACACGUUCCGCUCGUUUGAGCUAUCUUUCCCCGAGUUGAGUGGAAUAGAGGCAGAUCAUUCUGUUCAAAAGUUGCUAGAUUUCUACUGUUCCUCAGAAAAGUUAGUAGGUGAUAAUCAAUACUUCUGUGAUAAAUGCAAACGUCUCUGCGACGGUGAGCGUUCCAUACGCAUCAACAAAUCACCACGUAAUCUUAUUCUUACGCUCAAACACUUCCGAUACGACCAACAAAGGCACACUCGCAUCAAAUUAAUGAACAAAGUAUUAUUAAGUGAGGAAGUGUCCGUGAGGGUUGUUUCGGAAAUAGCUCCGCCCAACGUGAUUCGAUAUUCACUCUACGCAGCAAUAGUCCACGCUGGAACUAAUAUGGACUCCGGUCAUUACUACACGUACGCCCAAGACAAACCCAACUGUUGGUACAAAUUCAGCGAUAAUUACGUAACAAAAUGUUCCAUUGAUGAGCUACACACUUUGUCCAGCCCAAACACUCCGUACAUUUUAUUUUACCAAAUGUUAAAUCCGCCAUCUUUGAGCGGAAUAAAUGCUGAAAGUUUAGAUUACGAUGACGAAAUGAUGGAAGCGGCCACAGAUAUUGUUGAUACCGCAUCCAAUAUUACGCUAGCUACAGUUGAACCUGCCACCGAAGAUAAAUUACCCGGCCUGGAGGAUCUUCCCCCGCAUUUAAGGGACAUUGUCCACGGAGAUAACCAAUCGUAUAAACAGGAAAUUAAAAAAGAAAGUCAAAAACUGACUCGAGUCAGUAUAAACAAGUUUGUGCUACCGAAAAAUCCUGAUUCGGAUAACGACGACCCUCCACCAAAUUCAUGCGGAAGUAACUCGCUAGAUUUUAGCAACCGUUUCAUAUACUAAUGCAAGUUUCCUUAUAAAAUUCGCGUAGAGACCGAAGUGUAAACGAUAAAUCGGCUACUGUAGCAUUAUUUGUGUAGCAGUUAAUAUUGUUGUACAAAUCUUGUAAUCGUAUGUCGUUUAAAUUUACUUUCAUCGAAAUAAAUAUUUUCAAAAAAAUAUCUUAAAUUGAA